AUGGAGGAUGAGAUGAUCUUGUUCUUCCCCGAUGGCCUUCAUGUGAUGAUUAUCGACGACGACGCAAAGGCCGUCAGAAGGGCAACGGCGAUGUUGUCCGAACUCCACUACGCUGUGGUGGCAACGCACACCACCGCAAGCGCUGGCCUGUGCACCCUCUCCAGCGACAACAUGACAGACGUCCAAACUGUCCUCUGCGAUGUCAAAAAGGUGGUCUCCUCCGGCUUCGACUUUCGCCGUGUCGUCGAGACCGAACACCACAUCCCCGUCAUCUACCUAUUGUCGACGACGGAACCAGAGCAGAUGGUUGCCGGUGAGGACACGGAGUUCCUGAACCACCUCUUGCUGAAGGCGACCUAUAUCGUCAGGAAGCCACUCGACCAGGCCACAAUGGCCCAAUUGUGGAGAGUGGUUGCAUGGCGUAGGUGCUGCCUAGAAGAAAGGAUUCCUCGUGACUCCAUGGACGACAUAGCUGCCCAUGCCGGUGUUGUUGGCAAAGACGGCAAUGACAACGAUGUCAUCAUCAUUGAGGAGCCGCAAGUGCACUUCAAGGUGGUGAGGUCCCGUGGCAGCCGGAAGAGGCAGCUGACCAUCAAUGUUGACAGUGGCAGCAGCGACGGUGCAGAUGCCAACCCAAGACAGAAGCUAGAGCACAAGAAAGACGCGAAAGGGCCGCUGGGGCAGCAUGUUGCUAGCCACUUGCAGGAAUACUGCACGAAGCAACAGAAGGACCUUGAUGAGCGCCGUCUCCUCUCAUUGGACUCCUUGUUCCUCAAAGCCAUCCUUUCGACGCUCAAUGUCUCGCUGUGCAACCCUCUGAUCCUCACCGGUGGCGCCGGGCCAGCUAGCUGCAUCCCCACGACCACCAUCGCUGGCGGCAGUACUGCAGCACCAUUUCCAGUUUCGGUUUUCCAGCAGCAACAGCAACAACCUGCUGGCACUGCGGUGAUCUCCUUCAGCAACACGACCGUGCAGGCACCCACCGGCAAUGCGGUUAUCUCCUUCAGCAACGCUGCUUCGCCGGCGGCCACCGGCAACGCGGUUAUAUCCUUCGACAACGUUGCUGCGUCGGCAGCCAUGCAGGCUCCAGUGAUGGGACAGUGGCUGUCCGGUGGUGUCCAGCCGGAUGCUCCCCAGCAGAGGUUGUACAUGGGGCCCUUCUCCUACCAAGGCCCUCCACCACCACCUAGCACUAUGCGUAACCACAUCAACAUAGUCCCGGCGGCCUUCACGCCUCAGGACGGGAUGACAAUGAAUAAAGACAAGGCUCCUAUGAUCGAGCUUCCAUUUGGGCUACCCGUGGAUGACUUCCUCGUUGGACAAACCGCAUAUGGCAGUGCCGGACCAUCCAUAGGAGCCCCUGACGACAACGACGAUGACGCCGCCAUGUACGCCUACACAAGCGCACUGAACAACAAUGCAGCUGUUGGUUCUCUCAUGGUGCCACCAAUUGAGUCAACAUUCACCAUCAUCGAUCCAAUCGUUGGGACCAAGGGUGAGGGAUCUGUCCCUGUUGUCGUUGUGUCAGAGGAUCAGAAUAAUGCGGUGGCAGCAAUUGAAGCAACAGCACCUAACAACGCAGAACUAUUCAUGAUGCCUGAACAGGUUGCUGUUGAUGCUCCGGUUGAUGUUGAAGAAGGCAUCAUGUUCUCUCUGGAAUCGCUCUUGGGGUUGGACGAGGACAUGAUACCUAUGGAAGACGCUGGCGGUGAGGCAACUGACGACUCACUGAACAUAAAGGAAGGUGGCAUGGAGAUCGGCUGGGACCUGGACCUGGACUACAUCCUUAUGAACAACACCAAUGAAUUUGCCUUCCUGGAUGACAUGGCCUGGAUCGAGUAG